GGCGAGACAUUUGGGGAUUAUCGUGCGAGAUACAAAUAUGUGCCCAUUGAGAGUGCACAAAUGGAAUGACAUCGGAGAAAGAGAAAAGGAACACAUGUGGAGUGCAGUCACGGAUGUCUUUAGUAACGAGAACAUGGAAGUUUACAAAGAGCAUACCUUCAAGCAUAUGAAAGAGUUGUGGGGAAAUUGGAGAUCAGAUUUGUUAAGGAAUAAUGUGACCAACAAGAAUAUAACCUUAAAAGCUGCAUACAAUGCUAAUCCACCUACGGGACUUGACAAGGCUGAGUGGAAGUGGCUUAUCAGAG